AUGUCUCCAGAAUACCCGUUCACCGCAGACACAGCAGCUCCGCGUUUAUCGCGAGCCAAUUCUUGGAAUAGAUUUAAAAAGAAAGGCUCUGAUAGCACAGAGCUUGCUUCUAGAUUUGGAGCGGUAACACCGACAAGGCCCGAGCUUGUCUCAGAGUUGAUUACAGGCUCACCUUCAACUAGCCCAGGUGACCAUAUCCAAGAAGGCCUUGGCAGUUUGAAUCGCUGGUCCCAGUCAACGUCAUCCAGCAAAGGUUCUCCUAAGUAUGAUAGCUACCAUAAAGGGAUCCCUUUUAAAGCAUCUGUCGACCAUGAUUAUACCUCUCCCAAAGCUCGCGCAAGUCCUGAGAGGAACGCUAUUUCAGGUCUUUCUCCUCUGGUUGCCGCACCGACGAACAAUGAAAGUCCAUUGCAAGGGCAUCAUUCUUCGGACUCGAUUGCCACGGGUCACUACAUGCGAGUCCUCGAACUUGGAGAUCACAGUAACUUCUCGGCCUCCUCGACAAAUGCUGUAGAUCCUGCUUCGUCACAUCAGGAUCACCUGCCGCUCGGCUCCUCAUCAAUUGCUGCUAGUCUCUUUCAAAAUCCAUGGUCGAGAUCCGGUGCUGAUGCGCAAGCAGUCAACCAGAAUUCCCAAAUGCUUACCGGUAGGGAGCAACACCAUGGGAAGCGGCGACGGGGCCAUUCCCAAAAGGCAAUGCUGUCUAAAGCUUUACAGAAAGCCAACACUGCUGUGCUUCUUGAUAAUGCGGCAAAUUUUGAAGGCGCAAUGGAAGCCUACAAUGAUGCCUGCCAGCUAUUACAGCUUGUUAUGCUUAGAAGCAGCGGGGGUGAGGAUGAAAAGUCAAAACUUCAGGAAAUUCGUGACACAUACAUGAUUCGUGUAACGGAGCUGCAGCGUAUGGAUUUCUCAUUUACGGAACCAAACAGCAAAGCUCUUCCAGAGAGACCCCUCAGCCAGGAGUCUUAUAGUGAAAUGUUCCAGUCCAUCGAAGAGGAUGAGAAUGAGCCAUCGCUUAACGAAAGUGUGAACUCGUUGCGGCGUAGCUCUGACGAUCAUCAGCCAGUGCUAAACGAAGCGAAUGUAUUAGCCUCUGAUCGAGUCCCAGUGAGGCGCCAGUCGUUAUUACCUUCUGCAAUAGAUGAUGAUCUAUGUUGCUUGACCUUAUCAACAUCCACCACCAAGCAGAACAGUCUUUCUCAAACCGAAUCCUUUACAGCAUCUAGGGAUGGACAUCUAGAAAUGGCGAUGCACUCUGAGUCUGGGCAGGCCUCUACGGCAUUAAGUCUAGAUGAUGAUUCGGCGCAUCACCUUCGAUAUAAUGACUGGGCUUUAUUGAGUACCCAUGCGAAAGAUGCUUACGAGUCGACAUCCUGGCUUGAUACGAUCGAUGAGUCUGGCGCCUCUUCACCGGCUUCCACGCGCUCUAAAGUAUCAUCUUUGUACCUACGACACGGGGGGAGCCACCAUCUCAGCCACGGCACAGAGGCUGAAUUUGAUGCUGCUCUUGAUGCCGCUGUUGAGGCCGCCUAUGAUGAGGGUUUCGAGCCAGUAACUGAGCCAAACGAACAGUACAAUGGUGGCAUAGACAAUGAUGAUGACAUUGUGGCUAAUGCUCGUCGAAAUAUUGAGUUGGCGAAACAGAAAGUAAGGGAAGCCGAGCGUGAAGCACAAGUAGCAAUGGCCCGUGGCCGAGAGGUGCGCAAUCUGCAACAGCCGUCUAUAAUUGACCACUCUCACGGGGUUGGCCUGGAUUAUCUGGAUGAGGAAGCCGAAGAAGAAGAACGUUUAUUGGAAGAGAUGACCAGGGGUUAUAUCAUGGACGACUUCAACUUUGAUCUCCAGUCAAAGUCAGCUCUCCCUCGACAAUCCGAUUCUAGCAGCUUUUCCGGCAGGGCUUGGGAAAGUUCGGCUGUAUCCAACACAACCACCACCGGGGUAAUGUUAUCUCCUCUUGUAGAAGCCUCUGCUCUGCCUGAAGUAAGUGCAAUGACAAAACAGGUGGCAGAGCCUCUUCCAACCCAGGCAAAUGGUCCUGCUGUUUUGCCCAAACAAAACCCUGCCCCGACGCCAGGUCCGAGCGUACGUGCUCGAAGAAUGUCCGGUCAGAGAACUACAGAAUUAAAGAUCGAAACCAAACCUCGCUUGGGAGCAGACUCGGAUAUAUCUAGUCAGGGUCAAUCCUCGGAACCUGCAGCCCUUUCCCCACCCCCACCCCUCCCUAAAGAUGAACCUUCAAUGAAUUUUCCUAUGCGGACAAGCAAAACCCUAGCUCCUACUCCCGUCUUACGCUCAGGAGUGCGUUUGAACAAACGGAACGCAUCCAUUGGGUCUUUCAGUGAAGAUACUUGGGCAAAUGCCAGUCUCGACAAGCCGACGACCCAGGAAGAGGACAACAAUCUUGAAAUUUCAAGACUGCCGUCACUAGCCCGGCCAAUAGGGAAAGUGCCGUCAGCACCAGAUAACUUAGGGAAGCUGAACUCAGGUCCGAAAUCAUUUCGAGCAAGGAAUGUGUCAGUCCCAGGGCCCGAUACCUUAAUCGACUCACCAGACACACCCAGCAGUGCGUUUCCCCCUUUUGAUAUUCAGAAAGGGACGGGGAGUGCUGCAGGGCCAGUUUUGCCCACCCCGACUGGCGCAACCUUUGCUCCUAAUGGUCUUCCAAGUGGGGGGCUGUAUCUGUUCGACAGCCAUAUACACUCACCAACCAAUCUCGGUUCACCAAAUGCGACUGCAACUAAUGCGCCUGCGCCCUUAGAACACUGCCCUGAGUCAUUUCUCUUGCGCCCAUUUUGGCUUAUGCGAUGCAUAUAUCAAACUAUAGCCCACCCUAGCGGUGGCUACUUGACAACCAAACUAUUCGUCCCGCGCGAUGUCUGGCGUGUGAAAAAUGUCAAAAUCAAGGCAGUGGAGGAGAAAGUCUCGAAUUGUGACUUGUUGACGGCGGCGUUGUUAAAACUGGCUAAGGUUGAUACUUACGAUGCCGACGCCGUUCUAGAAGAAAUGCAGUCCUUUGAGACCGUUCUCGACCAGGUUCAGUCUUCGCUCUCGAAAAAGCUUGGCGGUGAAGUUGGCGUUCAGGGGGCUAUGGCUUUAUUUAAAGCCUCUCAGAGUUCAGACGAUGCGGCAGCCGUUGAUACUUUGCCUUCGAAAACCUCCGGCGGUGCCAGCAAAUCAUACUUAACCUCUUGGCGCAAGCUGCGGUCCAAAAACUCUGGAUUCGGCGGGACAACGUCACAGUCUAGUGUAAAAGAGACCACCAAGGAUAAUCUGAUCAUCAACUCUCUCCCAAUGUCUUCGACACCUAAUUCCCAGCCUGUCAAGCGCAAUACAACGCAGUUGCAGUUCAAUGGACCGAAUGCGAACUAUAUGAGCGCGUUGGCCCGUCUUUGUGACGCGGCGCAGGUGCUAGAUCAAAUCGCUCAACAGGUCGAAGACCCGGGACUAAAGCACUCUUCUCCAACUCUUGUUGGCUUGGAGUUGAGUACUCGACAUGCUGCAGAGUUCUUUGGCUUCUAUAUCUGCCGCUUUGCCUUAAAUGAUAUUGCAAUGAUGGUUGAUAAGUUCAUCAAGAGGGGUAGCGAAUGGGUACUUAUCUAA